AUGGGAGAAUCACACCUUGGAAUAUGUGGAGCUCAUCAAGCUGGAAUCAAGAUGAGGUGGCUUCUUAGAAGGUAUGGUUAUUAUUGGAAAGGUACAUUGAACGACUGCAUAGAGUUUAUAAAGACUUAUACUGCAUAUCAAGAACAUAGCUUGGUCCAAAGAGUUCUAGCUAUCAACAUGCAGCCGGUAGUAAAAAUAUGUCCAUUCAGAGGGUGGGCUUUGGACUUUAUUGGAAAGUUGAGGCCACCAUCUUCAGAUGGCCAUACUCAUAUUGUGGUGGCAAUAGAUUAUUUCAUAAAGUGGGUUGAGGCUAUUCCAUUAAAUACUUAUGAGCAAUCAACAAAACUCUCACCACUGACAAAGGCCUCUCCUUUGUUUGGAAACAAAGUUCUUGAUUAUUGUGCUGAGUGUGGUGUCCAAGUGAUCAGUUCCACUCCAUAUUUUGCCCAAUCAAAUGGACAGGCAGAAGCUUCCAACAAAGUAAUUUUCAAUAUCCUUGAAAAGAUAAUUGAGAAUAACCCGAAGGAGUGGCAUCACCUACUUUCUGAGGCUCUUUGGGCUUACAAAAAUUCAAAGAGAUCAAGUACGGGCAUCACUCUAUAUAUGCUUACAUAUGGAUAUGAUGCCAUUCUUCCAAUGGAGAUGACUAUCAGGUCUGCAAGAGUGGCUUUCCAAAAUAAUUUAACUCCAGCAGAUUACAACCAUGCCAUGUUGGUGGAAUUGGAAGACCUUGAUGAGGUCCGUGUCAAUGCCUUAGACUAUAUUAUUGCUCAAAAAAAGAAGGUCAUGUGGGCGUACAACAAGAAGGUUAAGGCGUAG